AAUCACACUGCAAUUAACCCACAGUACUUAUUCACACCAAAACCAUGGAAUUUCUUCUCCAAGACCUUAAUACUUCAAUUAUUGUUGUAGCUAUUGCUUUUUUGAUACUUUUUCAUUAUCUUUCACACAAGAACAAGUCUCCGAAGCAAAAAUCACCGCCUGAAGCCGGUGGAGCUUGGCCGAUUCUCGGCCACCUUUACCUCUUCGGAGGCUCUAAUCUUCCUCACGUAGCUCUGGGAGACAUGGCUGACAAGUAUGGACCGGUCUUUACUAUUCGGAUCGGCGUGCACAAAGUGUUGGUGAUCAGCGACUGGAAAUUGGCCAAAGAACUCUCCACUUCCCACGACGUUCAUAUUUCUUCUCGUCCCAAGUUUCGAGCCGCCCAGCACUUGGGCUACAACUACCUAAUGGUUUCUUUCGCUCCCUACGGUCCUUACUGGCGCGAGAUGCGAAAACUUACUUCCUCGGAGCUACUCUCCAACCGGCGGAUUGAGCAGCUGAAGCACAUAAGAGUGGCGGAGAUCGAGACCUCUGUAAAGGAGCUCUAUAAGCUUUGGGCGGAAAAGAAAAAUCCGAACCAUUCCGGCAAUGUUUUGGUGGAAAUGAAGAAGUGGUUCGGAGACCUAACAUUCAACGUCUUCCUUCGAAUGGUGGUCGGAAAACGAUACUUCGGGACGGCAGCUGCGGGUGAUGAAAGCCGGGGGCGGCGUUGCCAGAGGGUACUUAGAGAUUUUUUUCACCUUCUUGGGGUUUUUGUGCCGGCGGAUGCCCUGCCUUUCUUGGGAUGGUUAGAUAUAGGAGGGCAUGAGAAAGCCAUGAAAGAAGUUGCUGAAGAAAUGGACUCUCUAGUUGACGAAUGGUUACAAGAGCAUCGCUGGAAGAAAGAGGCCGUGGCUGAUGGCGGCGAUGAAGAUUUCAUUGAUGCGAUGCUUUCACGAAUAGAAGGGAUUGAUCUUAAUGGUUACAAAAGUGACACCGUCAUCAAAGCUACUUGCAUGAAUAUGAUGGCCGGAGGAGCAGAUUCAGUCUUGAUCAUGCUAACUUGGGCUCUAUCUUUGAUGAUGAACAAUCCUCAUGUGUUGAAGAUGGCUCAAGAAGAACUAGACAUGGUAGUUGGCAGGGAAAGAAAGGUUGAUGAAUCCGACGUCAAUAAUUUAGUUUAUCUUCAAGCUAUUGUCAAAGAAGCAUUUAGAAUAUACCCUGGAGCUCCACUAGGAGGUCCCAGAAUAUUCGCUAAUGAUUGCACCGUAUCUGGUUUUCAUGUUCCAAAAGACACAUGGUUGUUCAUUAACGUGUGGAAACUCCAACGAGAUCCACAAGUUUGGUCUAACCCUCUAGAAUUUAAACCUGAGAGGUUUAUUAAUGAUCAUAAAGACCUUGAUGUUCUAGGACAAGAUUUUGAGUUGAUCCCAUUCGGUGCGGGUAGAAGAAUGUGUCCAGGAAUAACUUUUGGUCUUCAAAUGUUGCACUUGGUGUUGGCUAAUUUGUUACAAUCUUUUGAGCUCUCAAAUGUCUCUAAUGAAGGAAUUGAUAUGACUGAGACUGCAGGACUAACCAACAUCAAAGCUACACCACUUGAAAUUCUCAUAGCUCCCCGCCUCUCUCAUUAUCUUUAUUAGUCAAACCCACCUGAAUAUGUAUGUGUGUAUGUGUGUAUGUGUGUAUGUGUCAUGUGUCUACAGUAAAAUUAUUAAAGACUACAUUAUUAUACUUUCAUCUUUGAAGCCAAUGCACAAUAUGUGAAUUUAACUAUAUAUAUAAAGUGUUUCUAUGGACAAA